AUGGACCAAGCUAAAACGCUGGCCAAAGCUCUUCUCAAGAACUCAAACAACCCAACAUUAGCAUGGCAACUGUUCAAACGCAGUGUCCCAACUCCCAGUUCCUCCGAUCACUUCCGUCAGUCGAUACCUCUCAUUACCCGUAUGCUCCUCCGCGCCAAAAUGUUCACCGAAAUCGACACCCUCCACCGGAUACUCCUCUCACAACCCUUCGAAACUUACCACCAAUCCCUGCUCACCGUCGUCCACAUCCUAGCGAAAUCUGGUCACUUAGAUAAGGCCGUUUCUCAAUUCCAGUCCUUUCGAACCCAAUACCCCGAUAAACCUCCUUCUAUAGGCUUGUACAAUUCGCUUAUCGAGUCCUCUCUUCGAGGAAACUCCGCAGUUUAUAUUUCUUGGUUGUAUGAAGAUUUGAUUUUUGCCGGGCGUUGCUCCAGAAACUUACUCCUUCAAUCUUUUGAUUG